AUGGCCCAGAAGAGGCGCAGGCCCGGCCCCGGCGGCCCGUCCGCUGGGGCCGCCUCCCCAUCCGAUCCCGGCCUGCUGGCGGACAUCAUCGGCAAGACCGUCUUCGUGCCGUCCUCCCACUUCGGCGUGGAGGUGCCCGACAUGUUCUACAGGGCCAAGGUGGUGGGGCGCGAACGCGGCAAACGCGGCGCCGUGACUCUGCGCUUCUUCGAGGACGACGGCAGCCAGUGCUGGCUGCCCGCGGCCGACGUGGCGCGCUGGCUGAGGGACGGCGGCAACGGCGACGGGCGGUGCACAAGCUCGGCCAGCGACACCUACGCCGCCAAGGCGCUCAGCCUGCUGCGGGCGGCGGCCUCGGGCGGCGGCCGGCGUCCCGGGGGCCAACCCGCGCCCGUCGAGAAUCCCGAAUCUGGGAAGGAGAAGGAGGCGCCUGGAGGGGAUCCCGACGUGCCUGCGGAUCGCGAUGGAGGGCCCAGUGUGGCGGGUGCCAGGGGCUCGGACGCCGGGGGUGCGGGGCCCAGAAACGCGGCGGCGAUCGGUGGCAGUGACGGCAUGCGCGCUGACGAGGCACUCGCGGACAUCCGGGAGCCGUCCUUCUGUCGGGCCCAGGCGGACGGCCGACGGUCUGUCGAACACCACCAUCCCGGGAUUCAAUCCCCCGGGGCCCGUCGGGCGGCCAUUGGAGCCGGGAGCGAGUCCCACCCGCAGCCCGUGGCCAGUGGGGCAGUCGAGGUGGAGGGUGUGCCCGCGAUGGGCACCGGCGCGGACCUGAGGCUGCUGCCCAACCCCACGCUGGGCCUGGUGGACGGCAUCGCUGUCUACGAGCAGCCGCCGACCCUGCCGGUCCCAGCGGUCGCUGCGUCGGCGCCCCCGGAUGCGGGGAGAGCCGUAGGGGGAAGGUGCUGCGCCGCUUUCGGGAUGAAGGCUCCGGCGGUGGAGACCCGGGGCGCCGGGUGGGAGUCGCCCUCGUUUGGGCCGAUCCCGCCGUGUCGGGGGGCCGCGCACAGGCGCGUGGGGCGCGGCGGCAAGUGCACACCUCGGCGACACGUCGGCAAUCGGGACGGGGACGUCAUCUACAUAGACGUGGAUCCGCCGGGGCGGACGUCGCGCCCGCCCAGCGGCGACGCUCGCCGGCUCCUCCCCGGCCAGCAGCACUUGCAUCAGCACUU